UUGUAUGACGACGGUUUGAAAGAUUGUAAUGAUGUAAAAAUCCAUACACCACCAAUCAGAAAAUUUGAAUUCAAUAAGAUUAGGUUAAAAAGCUUUUCUUCAAGAAUUGAUAUUGUGCAGAGUGACCAGGAUGAAGUGAUAAAGUAUGAG